AGGCACGUCCUCUUACUCAAAGACUAGAGAAAGCGUUUUAGGCACAGUGCCCAAGCUGCCAUGAGGAGCAAGGAGUAAGAGUGUCGCCCAGCAGUCUGUGUUCACAGGGAGCACCUGGGGUGGGUGAAAUGCCACUGCUCAUCUAGACAGGACCUCCUCAACGUGCACAUUCAUGGAGAAGUUUUGAGCAGGGAGUGGAUUUCACAUCAUAAGCCAAAAUGACAGAUCUCGUGACUCCAUCCCCAGCAGAGAUCCCUAAACACAUACUGGAAAUUUGGGUCAUCAUACUCCUUAUUCUAGCCACCAUCUUGGUGAUGACAUCAUUGCUUCUCUUCCCGGCUGCAGCCGUCAUUAUCUACAGAGUACGGACUCAUCCCAUCCAAAACAGGCAAUAGCAACAUGGAGGAGAACUGUAAUUAUUACCACCGUGGAUUUCAGCGUUAUAAUGUAGACAAAGGGCAUUCAUUGGAAAAAGAUGCCGAAAGCCAAUUGAUCUGAUCUGUGCACUGUGGGCCUCUUUUUGUAUUUGACAUAUGGACGUGAAGGUUUGAGUAUCCACAGUGCUGUUUUAUUUCAUAAACACCAUGAAACCACCAAAAGCUAUUAUAUUUACAUACAUUUUCAUAUGUAAGAAAAAUGUGCAAUAGUAAACUAAGACAAAAAUAUUAAAAUUGUGUAGUAAUGUAAUUGAA